AUGGCGGGCAGCAGUGGUGGCGGGCGCGUCCCGCGGCUGGCGGGACAUGACGGGCCUGCGGGUGAGGCCCGGCCCCGGCCUUGGCCCGGGCCACAGUGGAGGCUUCCCCCAGAAGGGGGGGCCCUGCCCGUGUACCCGUUCCAGAGCUUGGUGGGGUCCCGGUGCCUGCAGGACCUGAGCGGCGACGGAGGGGUGCGCAAGCAGGAGCUGCGCCCCGGCACUGGGCAGGCCAUGCCCCCCAAUGCCUCCGUGGCAGUGAAGUUCUCUGGAUACCUGGAACACCAGGAUAAGCCCUUCUGCACAAACUGCUCCAGCAAGUCUCCUGGGCUAAUGAAACUUGGGAAAGACAUUACGCUUUUGGGCUUGGAAGUUGGCCUGCUGACGAUGAAGAAGGGAGAGUUGUCAAGGUUUGUCUUCACACCAGAUUAUGCCUAUGGGCAGCAAGGCUGUCCUCCGCUCAUUCCCCCAAGUGCCACGGUCAUCUUUGAAGUGGAGGUCCUGGACUUUCUAGACUCGGCUGAAUCUGACGCAUUCUUUGAGUUGCCUGCUGAGCAGCAGGCGGCAUUUCCGCUACAAAAGGUGUUGAAAGUGGCAGACACGGAGAGACAGUUUGGCAACUACCUCUACCGCAAGAGGCGCUUGGACGAUGCCAAAGACAGAUACAAAAAGGCAUUAUCCAUCCUUGGUCUCAGCCCUUCCAGUGAGGCAGAGCAGCGUCAGAUCAAUGCUUCCAAGCUGCUGCUGCUCCUGAAUCUCUCACUCACUUACCUGAAACUGGAGCGUCCUACCCAGGCUUUGGUGUAUGGGGAAAAGGCCUUGGAAAUCGACCAAAGAAAUGCCAAAGCGUUGUUCAGGUGUGGCCAGGCUUGUCUCUGUAUGACAGAAUACGAAAAAGCCCGAGACUUCCUGGCCAGAGCUCAGCGCAUACAGCCUUUCAACCAUGAUAUUAACAAGGAGCUGAAGAAGCUGGCAAGCUGCUACAGGGACUACAUGAACAAGGAGAAAGAAAUGUGCUGCCGAAUGUUUGCUUCUUUCAACAGUUCUGCCUGAGCAGGAAUAAAGGACUAUGCCAGCUUGCCUCUUGGACUGGAGGGAGACCCACCUCUGGGCACACAGGCAUCUUGGCAUCUCAUCUGUGUUUUGGAAUUUGGGCGAGAGCACUGUCUUGUUUUGGGAGUGUGGAGGGGAGGUUCCAUGUUUGUACACAACCUGAUUUUCCUGAAAUUGAUGUUGUUUGCCACGUUCUGAGGCUCUUUCCAGAAGAAAUAAGUCCUGCUGUCAGAGGGGGAAGGCAUUCCCUUGCUUCUCCCCUCCAUGCUCUUGGAAGAAAACUCCUCUCUGACAUCCUGCCUCUUACAGAUUCUGGGCUGCUUUUCGGGAAUCUGUAAAUGGGGUAUGGUGCCAUGAAGUUUUGCAUUGUUUGUACAGGUUGUUCUUUAAAAACUUUAUUAUUGUUCUGAGAAAAUAAACCAACCUGAGAGCUAA